AAGUUAAAAUGGUUAAACAAGGAAGAUUAACUUGUAAUUCACUAAUUAGUAUUUCAUUUAGAAGUGUAAAUUAUGUAAUUUAAUACGAAAAAUGGUAGCGAAAAGGGUUUGUGUUUCAUCAGGUAUCUGAAUAAGGGUUGAAUCUCAAAAUUUGAACCCAAAUGCAUCCGGAAUCUCACCAUCACCUUCAGGUUUACCUCCUCAACCACUUCAUCCUCCUCCAUGACUUACACACCCUGCUACUCUUGACAACAACUUACCUUUCUCAUCAUUGACUUUAACACGGUAAGCAAAUCACGAUAAACUCUCAUUACUAUUAUUUGAACAUUAAUUAAUGUACAGUUGAAAUAAUUGUUGUCGUGUCAACGUUGGUUAGCAAAUUUGAAGUAGUAAUUCAAAAUGUCUGAUUAUUUUGCUCCGAGAGAGGGAAGACGAAUCAACCAAUUUAAUCAUUAGUCCUAAUAACAGUUUAUCAAAUUAUAAAAAUUAAAAGACUUUGACCUUCCUUGGUAACCAACUAAUUGUCCAACAAUCAUCAACAUCAACAACAGCAAACUCUAAUGUGUGAGACAAACCUUGUUUUUGUCAAAAAAUCUGUAUCUUUGUACAACCAGCAACAUCAACAACAUCAAACGGUAACACCAACAACUCCACCAUCAACUGGUCCAAACAUUUGAUUCACUUAAUGUACCUUUUACAAUAACGUUAAUACCACCAAAUAGUGAAUUAUUAAUUGCAAUUGUCCAAAAAUUUAACCAUUCUGGUUGUUCCCUUCAAUUGUUGUCUCUACGCUUCAACGUCUGAUGUCUUCUUCUGACAAAUCAUAACGCUCUUUUUACCCAUUUUUGUAUUUCUUUGCAUAAAACUGCUUCUUUUUUUUGUGAAUGCAUAUUAUUGUUAGCUGUUUAUAUCCUGUUCAGUGUAUCAAUUGAUUGUUAAGCAUGAAAAAUGAAAUGAAUUUAAAACACGUUACCAUGUUUUAGUGAAAGUAUCAACCCUGAAUAACAAUGAUUGAAUUGAAAUUUUAGCUCUUUUUUCUUCUCUCUUUAUGUUAAACUUGUGCUUUCACUUUCGUCCAUUUUGCUUUGGGUUACUGGUGUUACUUUUGCUGUAACUUCUGAUUCUUCUUUUGUGACUCGUUUAUGGUGUUAAAUUAUCUUAUGGCAGGAAACAUGAAGGUCUCAGUGUUUUAAUCUAAUUUACGUAUCAAUGUAAAUUAUCAAUCAUAUGGUUUAAUCUCAUCAUCAUCUUACUCAUUCUUUCCCUCAUUUGGUUCAAUCAUCAUCACAUUUGACUCCUUGACUCCUUCUUCUUCCUCAUCAUCAAUCCAUUUGUUUCUCAUUUCUUCCAGUUGAAUUUCCUCUUCUUCUUGGGUUUCAUUUGCCAUCAUCAAUUCAUCAGUAUUAUUAGUUAAAAAUGAGCUCCAACUUUUACACUCAUCUUCAUCAUCAACAUUAUUACAUACUCAAAGCAACUCUAUUUGCUAUGUUUUACCUGUGUAACUAAUUCCGUCUCAUUUCAUUGACUUUUUUUACAUCCACUUGUUUUGUUUUGCCUGCAACAAAAGUAAAUAUUACGGGCCUAACUUGGUUCCUCAUCAAAGUUCAAGGGAAUCCUAAUUGUUUAUUUUAUGUGUCUUCUGGUUUUAAUUUAAAUUGACAUUCAUCGUCUCUAUCAAUAUCAUUAUCAGUGUCAUCUUCAUCCAGUGUACAGUUGAAAACACUGAACACAAGCAACAAUUGACAGCUUUUAUUGAGUGAUGCAAAUCAUCACGUAUUUCAAAUAGUCAUCUCAAUGAUUUAAUAAUCAACCAGGAUAAUCAUCAAUAGUACCUCGCCAUGGUUGCUCCGUCAUUAUGGUUACUAACCUCAGUUUUGAUUAUGACCUUUGGUCAUUUUGGCCACAAAUCAUGCCACCGAUCGUGUUCACAAGUCACCUUUUACCUUCCACAAUCACGUAACUCACAAUGUUCAACUGGUAAAUCAAGUUGCCUUAUGGAGGCGACCAUAACGGUUGAUCCAACGGAGGAUUUAUUUGAACGAGUCAACAUAACCUUAACACAGUUGACACCAGGCGAUUAUUUACGAGAUCAUGUAAUGUUUUUCACAUUAGUCUUUCCUGGUUAUCGACGUUCAUCAAUACCAUCAUCAUCUUCAUCCUCAUCAACAUCUUACUCUCAUAAUACCAUUAAAGAUGAUAAUGGUUUAAAUAAUCCAACCAGCGGAAACACCAAUGGUGGUUACCUUAGCAAUACAGAGUCAAAUAAUGGUUUAUUACCUUAUGGACGUGAAAACAAUAGAUUUUACAAUGAUUUAACUCAAUCAUCCUCAUCUUCCUCCUCUUCAGCCAACUCAGCUAACUCAUAUCUUCACAGCUACUCAUCUAAUCACAACCAUCGCCACCAUGGUGUUAAUCAAAAUUACAACCGAGAAACCACCGUAAUCAAUUAUUCUUGUCGUCUAUUGUCUACUGGCAAUGCAAUUGCCGAAGUAAUUCAAGGAAAUGGAUUAAAAUACAGUUAUGUUUCCAAUUCAUCCAAAUCAUGUAGCUUCAUAUUUAAUCGUUAUGAUUACCUUUGGCCUACUCUUUCAACUCACCAAAAAGUGGAUCUAAUAAACAAUGGUGAUUUCACGGUAACCAUAGGAUAUGAUGACAUAACCAAAGACCUAAGACCAGAAUCAUUGCCUUUACAUAAAAUGGCUUUUCUUCGCUGUUGCCAUAGACAUCACGGUGGAUCCAAAUAUCUAGUUAUCAUUGAACCUGCACCAACACCAAUAUCAUUUUAUUCAUCCUCUUUAACCUCACAAUCGUAUAUUCAACGUCGACCCGCGAUUGAUUUUUACCUUCAAGCCUACUCACCCAUUCCUAGGACAGUAAUUCUUGAACUAACCGGACCCAGUGAACAAUCACUUCGAGUAAACGUUUCCAAUUCCUACUUCAAUGUAUCAAUAUUAACUGAUGGAGAAUGGAUCUCGGUCCUCAACAAUUUAACCUUACCUCGAAUCCCUCGAAGAUCAGAUCCAUUUGAUGAUUUUCGCUUGAACUGGACUCUUCCCGUUUUACUUGAAACUCCUCGAGGAUCAAUAGUUAUCGAGGAAGGUCAAUAUGUUUUAGAUAUUGAAUCAGAUGUUUCCUAUGGCCAUCGGGAAAAGGUUUAUAUAACUGGUAAUGGCAAUCAACUUCACUCGCCAUCAACUGUCAUUUCACUCUUGUUGCCAAUCAUUUUAUGUAUAGUUUUAAUUCAACCAGAUUGACCACUUUUUUUAAAAACCCAAACUAAAGAUUAACCAAUCUCAAUGUAAUUAUAAUUAGUUUCAAUUUUAUAACCAUUGUGUUUUAUAGCAUUUAUUAAUAUAUUUAAUAUUAUUAA